AGGCCCAGCUGACAACUGAUAAGUUUGACUUAUGACUGUAAAUCCACAAGCCUGAAUGUCAGGUCAACUACAGUGGCCCCUCUUGGUAAAGAGAGCGAAGCGUGUCAUAUGGGGUUGCUCACUCCAGAACAAGAUGAGGAACACCUCACUCAUUGGUGAUGGAGAUUCAAAAUCAUCCCCACUGUAUUGGCCUUCAACCCCUAUGAUUCCAUACUCAGAAGGAGGUGGUGUGUGUCAUCCAUGUGGCAAAAGAUCUCAGCUCUGUACUUUGCAAAAUCUAAGAGCCAUCGAGAAAAAGAGAGGUGUAACGCUUGGAGAGAGAGCCUUUGGCAUACUGACUCAGGAGAAGAUUGGAUGUCUCCAGUCCUAUUACACAAAACCUCUGAGGUUGUUCAACUCUUUCCACUGCUAAUGUAAGAAUCAGUGGUGGCCACGUUGCUGCACAGCACCAGCACAGAUGGAGACCCACAUCAUGACAGAUGCCCGCCUACUAGUGAAAGCAACUGGUGCUUUUACAGUACAUGUAUAACACAGACAGGUCAAACACAGAAGACUCAAAAUCACCCAUGCAUCUGUAGAACUGUGCCUGCGGUCCCGGGUUUUUUUUUCCUUCUUUAUCUUUUAAAGAUAUUCUUCGAACUACAGAUCCCUAGAACUACGGAUGCCUCGAACUACCGAGGCCAGUUCCAACGAAUUCGAGCUAU